AUGGAUGAGAAAAACAUGUACAUUAGCUGCAUCAUGACGAAAAACAUCCCAACCAAGACAUCUAAGCAUCCAUAUGCGCAAAAAGGGUUCAGUACUAGUGCUGGCCAAUGA